CGAAGAUUCCUCAGCUCCCGAACCAUCCUCAUUGUCCGUCCGGCCGCGCCAACACCUGCGCACGUAGCACGAGAUGCAUUUGGGCAGCUGAAAACUCAGCUUGCCCUCAAUAUUGACGUUCAACAUAACUGCGCCCUCCCCCCCUCUCCCAUCUCUGGGGCUUGACUGCAACCGCACCUCUCAUGCUGUCUUUUCGAAGCUGACGGUCAGCCACACUCUAUUCCUCGCCAUCCGCCGUCAGCACAGGCGCACCCAGCGGAAUCCGUGGUCAGCAUCUGCACGCCUCAAGAUAUAUCAAACAUUAGCCCCGGCAUUUCUCAACGACGAACUCACCCAAAGGCUUAUCUUAUUAUUCGAAGAACAUGUGGGCAGCGUCACAUUCGAGAUCGUCGUCGGUUCGUUCCUUCGAACAAGACGACCACGGAGGCCAUCACAGAAUGGCCAACGAACCCAUCUUCUCCCACCGGUGCGCCGUGCCAGCACCGCUCCGGAUUUCCCCAAAGCCCCCCUCCAGCAGCAGCAGCAGCAGCGAUCCUGGUCGACCGCAGGCCAGCCCGGACCCGAGGGCGACCCCCUGCAACCUGCGCUCCAGGCUACCGGGCCAGCCAGUCUUCGACCCUGCCCCUGCCGAAGGAUUCAAGCCCGACAGCCUGCGCGCGGCCAACAGCAAGUGCAGCUGCCCCAAGAGCCCUGCCUCGCCCAUGCCGUCGCCGCUCUCGCCAAGGCUGCAGGGCAGCGCAGUGCCAGUGUUCCCCGGCGGCUUCAGCGCGAGCAGCAGCAGGCGCAGUAGCACCACCACCACCGCCAGCCGCGGUCCGUCCCUGGACUUUUCCUCGCUCUUCAUGAGGUCCGAGACACUACGUCAUGAGCUCGAGACUUGCGCAUGCCACCAGGGCGAUGCACCCAGGUCCGCCGUCGGUUGUCCUGUGUUGCCUGCUGCUGGGUCUGACCGGAGCUUUCGGAGGGACAGCGUAAGCUCAGGCUACACAUCAUGCUAUUCGAAUUAAAACACUUAUCGGGACCGCUCGGGGAGUUCGGCGUUAUGGGACGGAUGCGAUUUGUCUUUUUUCACCACUGUCAUUUAUGCGAAGCCUCCGAUGAGAGGAGACCGCCCUGAUGAAGGCGACGACAAAGAGGACGCAGAGGAAUCUGCUGGCAGCGAGGAUGAGAGGUCUGAAGACGAUGCUCGACUGCUUAACCAUGAUGGUUAUCAUAGGACAAACAAGAUACCCUAAUUAUGAAACUAUCUGGCAGA